ACAAGAUCUCCUCCUCCUCCCCUUUCACUUACAGGCUCACUCGCAGAGUCACAGUCACCAGUCAAACGGUUGGAAGCUGAAGAAGAAGUAACUCAGCAAGAGAGGCUGAGUCUUCACAAAUUUAAUUCUCUCUCCGCCUCCUCCAAAGAUGGGUGGCCCCGACAAAGAAACCCUAACUGGAUCCUUCACGGCCGAAAAAAAUGCCAAGAUCUUCGUUGCUGGCCAUCGUGGGCUUGUCGGCUCCGCCGUGGUCCGCAAGCUCCUCCAGAUCGGGUUCACCAAUAUCGUCCUCAGAACUCACCAGGAACUCGACCUUACCAGGCAAUCUGAUGUUGAGGCCUUCUUCGCCCAAGAGAAACCCCAAUUCGUAAUCCUCUCCGCCGCUAAGGUCGGUGGCAUUCACGCCAAUAACACCUAUCCGGCGGAUUUUAUCUCUAUCAAUCUCCAAAUACAAACAAACGUCAUCGACGCCGCUUAUCGCAAUGGCGUCAAGAAGCUCCUCUUCCUUGGCUCCUCUUGCAUUUAUCCUAAAUUUGCACCUCAGCCCAUCACUGAGGAUGCGUUGCUCACAGGACCUCUCGAGCCUACCAACGAGUGGUACGCCGUGGCAAAGAUCGCCGGCAUCAAGAUGUGCCAAGCCUACCGGUUGCAGUACGGAUGGGAUGCUAUUUCGGCAAUGCCCACCAACUUGUAUGGGCCGAAUGACAAUUUCCAUCCCGAGAAUUCGCAUGUGCUUCCUGCAUUGAUCCGGCGGUUUCACGAGGCGAAGGUUUCAGGUGCAAAGGAGGUGGUCGUCUGGGGCACGGGUUCGCCAUUGCGGGAAUUUCUACAUGUUGAUGACUUGGCUGAUGCUGUGGUUUUUCUAAUGGAGAAGUAUAGUGGGUUGAGCCACGUUAAUGUGGGGAGUAGGAAGGAGGUAACCAUUAAGGAGCUUGCUGAGCUGGUGAAGGAGGUGGUUGGUUUUGAGGGAGAUCUCGUCUGGGACUCCACAAAGCCGGAUGGAACACCCCGGAAGCUCAUGGAUAGCUCAAAGUUGGCUGAGUUGGGAUGGGUUCCCAAGAUCUCCCUACGGGACGGGCUUGUUGACACCUAUAAAUGGUACUUGGAGAAUGUCAAACUAUAAUUCUGUUGAUGAUCUGGUAUAUUAUCUUGUCUCCUGUCUGUUCUUCUUUUGUUUUGCCAUUGUAUGUUUAUGAAGCAUUUACUUGUUUGGCCUAUUGUUAUCUCUGUUCCGAGGACAUUGCUGGAAUUAUCAUAUGGAUCACUAUUAGAUUGAUUGGAUACUACUUUUUAAUAAAAAAGGUGUAUUAGGGACAUGAUUUAUAAUUAAAAUGGAUUUUAGUUGGUAUUUAA